UGUAGAGUUGUCACUGAAUAGGAAACUAGACACCUUUACCGCGACGUCUAUCCGACGGCUGAUUUUAGGUUGAAGUUUUAACAAUAGUGACUGUUUCAUGUCACUUCAGGCCGGCCAAGGACCUAUUAAGCAGAGUAGCCCGAUUGGUACUAAAGAACUGUUCUUCCUUGGUUCCCACCGUCACCUGUAUAAAGCACUAAAUGCCAACAACGACAACAUGUACACAUGUAGUGACAAAUAUUUCUCAACCACCAGCAAAAAUCUUGGACCCCCCCGAAGAGUUAUGGUCAUUGCUCUUUUUGUCAGCGAAAGCAGAGUGUACUGUUAACACUACACUUACAUAAAUGUAGCUCACUCCUUGUAAUGCUUAUUUGUUCCGAGUAAAAUUUAAAGCGCAUUACUGCCCGAGGCUAACAUUAUUAUUGUGUUCUUAUGAAAUUAUUUAAUCUAAUUUUAUCCCCUUUCUUCUCAAGCAGGAAUGGCUAGAUCUCAAUUUAGUACGAUACUGUAUUUCUUCUUUGUGGAUUAUUCCUCUUUGUGGAAUAUAAUGCUUGUCAUUAUUUUCCUUAUUCUAAUAAAUGGAUUCUUUGUAAAAUGUCUGCUCUUUUGUUUGGUUCUGACUCUGAUAACAGCCAGAGCAAGAACUUCGAAACAAUAAAGGCGCCCCUUUAAGAUAACAGGUAGACACAAGGAAUCACGUGACAUGACGUCAUGCGGUCAUAUUCGGUGAUCCAACACUUCCUGUCGUCGACGUCUGAUUCCGCAGCUGUUGAGAACCCACGAUCUUCUGGUUGGAGACGUCGACUGAAAUGGCCGAAAUAUCCGGUUUGUUGUACUGCUAAUGGCUAAAAUAUAGCAGUUUCACAGUUGAAAUAAAGGAUCUUUCCCAAGGCGUGUCAGUGUGUCUGAGACGAGAAUCCUGACCCUGAGCAUAAUGCCAUCGAGGCUUUUCCUGUUUUGAGACGACACUGGGAUGAUGUGAGCAGUUCACUUCUGCCACCAUUGACACCAGAGCUGCAAAGGACACCAAGGAGCCUCAAUGGGAAAGUGCUUCUCCAGCUGCACCCAGACCAGUGGCUCGGACAGUCAUGGCAAGACCAAAUCAGGCCUGCCAUUCCCAGACAAGAGUGCCACCUUGACGGCCCGGACCUCCUUGCCUGACACCCAAAGUGCCCCACCCCUUGUGCCAAAACGCGAACCCGUCAUCGCAACUACAACCACCACCACCGCUGCUGCACCAACAACUCACCACCUGUCCAUGGAGCAGCAGUUCCGCAUCUCCAAUGGAUCGCACCGAUCUUCAGAGAGGUCAAAGGGAAUGGCCACCCGCAAUGGACUGGAUGGUGUGCCUCGACAGUCCAAGUCGGACUUCUCAGAGAGCAAAGUGAAUCGGCUUUUUGAGCGUUAUCGGGACAGUGCUGAGGAUGCUAUUCUUGCUGAUGGCAUGGAGAGAUUCUGCCAGGAUCUGCAGGUCAAUCCAGCAGAGUUCAUCGUCCUGGUUCUGGCCUGGAAGUUCCAGGCCUCAGCAAUGUGCCGCUUCACCAGGGUGGAGUUUGUGAAUGGCUGCCGUGCACUCCGAGCAGAUUCUAUCAAGGGCAUCAUGAACAAGUUCCCGGAUCUCAAGAAAGAGGUGAAAAAGGAAACUACCUUCAAGGACCUGUAUCGCUUCACCUUCAAUUUUGGGUUGGACGUGGAGGGCGGGCAGCGUUCUCUGCCCUGCGACAUGGCUGUGCCUCUCUGGAAGCUAGUCUUCUCCCAGCGGCAGGUUAAGAUACUGGAUCGCUGGUGUGACUUCCUCCUGGAUCAACAGGUCCGUGGCAUCUCACGUGACACCUGGCAGAUGUUCCUGAACUUCACUGAGGUCAUUGGUGACGACCUGAGCAACUAUGAUGACAAUGAGGCAUGGCCAAGCCUCUUUGAUGACUUUGUCGAGUAUGAAAAUGAACGACAGGCCAGGAAACAACAGGAAAACCAAAGGACAGAGAAUAUAGACGAUGGCUACGAUGACAGUGAAGGAAUAAUGGUUUGAAACCAAGCAGGCAUUACUAAGGUUUAGCACCAUGCAUUGCGUACAGAUAAACACUUUUCAGAUGGAGUUUUGUGAAGUUUUGUGAACAUUUAAAGCACUGUUUGUCUAAUGAAAGGGACCUAAGAUCUGAACCCAGUACUUUCCACUUGCUUGUGCAGGUCCCUUGAUGACUCAGAUAUCUGCACUAAUAUGCAAAUGGUUGUGGGUUUCGAACUCCAUAAAAUCAAAUUGUUGGUUUUGUUCACAUGUGUUCAGGGCAACAUAAAAACCUUCAUCUCGUUACGUAAACCACUUGUAAAAUAAAAGGAUAUUAAUUUAUAGCAGUGAAGUUUUUGAACUGCUGUACAGUACGGUACAUAUUUCUGUGUUUAGUAUAUGUACUGCAGUAUCUACACCAAGUGAACUACUAUUAAAAGUCUAACAGGAUUUCCUAGACAGGAAUUGAAAUCGAAAUGAAGCAUGACUUGUACAUGUACAUGUAGUUUCAACAAAACAAAUAAGUGAUACGCCUGCAUUUUUUGUACGUCGUUGUUUGGAACACAAUAGGUUAUAUGUACAAUAUACCAGUAUGUACAUGUACGUGUACAUGUACUGUACUUCCUAUUUUGGAAUCCGAUUGACUGUACUUGUAAUUUGAUGUAUCCAUUAACCGAGCAUCUGGUUUGAUUGACUAGUGCUCUGUUUUGGUUGUGUUUUUUCUACAUGCGGAAACUCAGUGGAACCCGUACAUUUACUGCUGUUUUUAUUUGUAUUUGUGUGGAAUGAUUCCCUCUGUAAAAUUGUUCAGUGUACCAGAGUGAUUUAUUCCCUGUUGCUGUUAUUCUGUUUAAUUUUUGAAUCACAGGAAAAGUGUCCUUUUUGUUAACUGCUUUGAAGCAGUGGGGUUUAAUGAUUGAUGUUGGACACAGUAAGCAGGCUUUAGAAAUAUGCCAUGAAUGACAGCUCUAUCAUGGAUGAUUAGUUUGGAAAUCUGGGUUUGUUAAAGACGAUGGGUCAUGGGCCACCUGUAUGCAGAAAUAGCCAGUAAAUCGUCACUUUAUUCAUGGAGCUAUGGUUUAAUGUUACAAAGUAUUAAAGUAGCCAACUGACUUCUGAGAAAGAUUACUACAUGUACAGUACAUGUAACUCAGAUUUUGAGCACAAAACAACUUCGGUUGGAAACAGCAGUUUGCAUGGUUUCUGGUAUUUUGGGGGUCAUUCAUUAUUAUUUAAAGAAGCAUCUUUGCCAAAGUUUUGGGGAUCUCACAUUUCCAAAACAAACAUUUGUGAAAACUUGCUUGGAUGAUGCAAAAGUGUUUUGUGGAUGAUGGGCCCGUAAUUUACAUGUACCGGUAUGCUGCGCUUGUAAUCAUUAAAAUUUCGAACUCAGGAUAGCCUGAAAUUGUGUGGUACAAAUAAUGCAAACUUAGAAAUGUUGCAUCAGGACUAUCAAAUCCUUUAAAUGCAAAUGUGUUCACUUUAUACACCAACUUUGUUAAUCUACACCUUACUGGCAGUGCAUGUAGCAAGUGUUCCUGUCUAUGUAAUGCACAUGUGCAUUGCAGAAUGAUAUUGUGUAAUGUCAUACUAGUUUGUGGGCCAUUGCUUGUAAAUCAGAAGUAUAUGUACAUGUUCUUUACUGUCGUUUUGUACGAAAUAUCUUUUGUAUUAUUGAAUGGAAGGCCCAAAACCGAAACAUAACCAACCUUUAAAGAAAUUCCGUGUUCUCAGUCAAGUAGAAAAAAGAUGACAACUUAGGUUUAUUUUAAGUGAAAACUAAAAAUUAUGUUUGCAUUCUUUACAUGUAAGUAUAAAAUUUGUACUUCAUUGUUGGACUGGUGAUGACAAAGUCUGUCACAAAUUUCCCUUUUUUUGGUACCGGUAACUGGUCCCUUGUUUGAAGUGCAUCAGAACUCAUGUCAUGGACAGGCAAGUAGCCAUUCUUUUGUGAGGGGCCGGUCAUUGCAUUCAAAGCAAGGAGGACUUUUCUGUUGGACCUGCUCAGACAAUUCUGUCGAGAGAGGAAACAAUAUCCAAGCUUGACAGAAUCCACCCUUUUGGAGUGAGAAUUUGGAGGCAUUUGAUGUUGACAAUUCUGUAUACAGUGUAGUUAAGGUGGAGCUGUGUGUUAGUCAGGGUUGGCUUACCCUACCCCAUUGGCUAUUGGCAGUUCAAAAUGACAACGCACAAUGCAAUACUACUCCUAAUGCAGUCUGGACAGAAGGCCUUUGGUAGGUAGAGACAUUGGGAAAGGAAGCAGAGGCACAUGUGCACCAAGCACUGAAACUACAGAGUCCUGUGGCAAGUAAGCAUACACAAAUAUAGGUGUUGAUCAUAGAUGAUGUCACUGCUGACUACUUGCACUUCUCAAUAACAUGCGUACUGGCGGUGAUGAAUAGUGUAAAGGCAUUGCAUGGAUACAUUCACGAGGAGAGGUCUUUUCUUUUUUUUUUUAGAAACUUGACAUUCAGAGCGAAAUUGCUUUCGUUCAUUUGAAUAAUAUUCUGUUAAGUACUGGUAAGUGUCCCGUCCCUGGGAAAGUGACCUGAAAAAUUGUGUCACUCAACAAAGUCUUAUGAUGGACUGUAAGGGGGGAUGUUAUAACAUUUACAUGAACAAAUAUCCAAAUCCAAUUACAGAUUUUCCCAAACGUUUGACGUUUUAAUUAAUGCAAUCUG